AUGGUCAGUGAUCGUAUAUGUACCAAGUGGAAGAGACCAAGGUUUGGAACUAUUAAGAUAAAUACUGAUGCGGCUUGGUGUAAAGAUACUCUGCGUAUGGGGGUGGGCUGGCUGGGGCGGGAUUUCGCUGGUUUACUCCAGGCUGCUGGCGGGUCUGGGACUGGAUUCAGCCACAGUGCAGCUGCUGCUGAAGCUUCUGCCAUCAGGUUUGCCUUAUUGUCUUGCAUAGACCAUGGGUUUGAUGACAUUAUCAUUGAAUCUGACGCAAGUACGAUUAUUAUGAUGUUGAAGAAAGAAAUCUUGGUUGAUUUUAGUAUCGAAUGCAUUCUUGAUGACAUUGAGAUUCUAGCGCAAAAGCUGAGGUCUGUCUCUUUUGCUUUUGUGCCUAGAGAGGGCAACCGUGCUGCUCACUCGGUGGCUAAGUAUGUAUUCAAGGAGGGACGUUCUUUCUCUUGGGAUUGUAUUGGCCCUGAAUUUCUGUUUAAUUUCCUUGCUAAGGAUGUAAACCUUUCUAUUCGUCUUUAA